AUGUCGGCGCCGUGCCUGCGCCUGCCCGCCGCCGGGUCAGCACCGGCGGAGGCGGACAGCGCCGGCGGCAUGGAGCCGCCCGGGGCCGCCGCCCUGGAGCUGGCCCUGGAGGAGGAGCUGGCGCUGCUGGCCGCCGCCGGGGAGCCGCCGGAGCCGCCGCCCGCCGCCGCCGCCCGCGACCCCGAGCUGCUCUCGCUGAUCCGGCAGAAAGAGAAGGACCUGGUGCUGGCGGCGCGGCUGGGCAAGGCGCUGCUAGAGCGCAACCAGGACAUGAGCCGGCAGUACGAGAGGAUGCACAAGGAGCUCACCGACAAGCUGGAGCACUUGGAGCAAGAGAAGCACGAGCUGCGGCGGCGAUUUGAGAACAAGGAGGGAGAGUGGGAAGGAAGGGUGUCGGAGCUGGAGAGCGACGUGAAGCAGCUGCAGGACGAGCUGGAGAAGCAGCAGGUCCACCUGCGCGAGGCUGACCGCGAGAAGACACGCGCUGUCCAGGAACUCUCCGAGCAGAACCAAAGACUCCUGGACCAGCUCAGCAGGGCGUCGGAGGUGGAGCGGCAGCUCUCCCUGCAGGUCCACACCCUCCGCGAGGACUUUCGGGAGAAGAAUUCCUCCAGCAGCCAACACAUCGUGCGGCUGGAGAGCCUCCAGGCCGAGAUCAAAAUGCUGACGGACAGGAAGCGGGAGCUGGAGCAUCGCCUCAGUGCCAUGAUGGAGGAGAAUGACCUGCUCCAGGGAACUGUGGAGGAGCUGCAGGACCGAGUCCUCAUCCUGGAGAGACAAAGCCAUGACAAGGACCUGCAGCUGCACCAAAGCCAGCUGGAGCUCCAGGAGGUGAGGCUGUCCUACCGGCAGCUGCAGGGCAAGGUGGAGGAGCUCAGCGAGGAGAAAAGUCUCCAAAACCUCAACACAACCAGCACAUCCCUGCUCUCUGAGAUAGAGCAGAGCAUGGAGGCAGAGGAGCUGGAGCAAGAACGAGAACAGCUGAGGCUGCAGCUCUGGGAGGCGUACUGCCAGGUGAGGUACCUCUGCUCCCACCUGCGGGGCAACGACAGCGCCGACUCCGCCGUGUCCACCGACUCCUCCAUGGACGAGUCCUCAGAAACCUCCUCAGCCAAAGACGUGCCCGCCGGGAGCCUGCGCGCCGCGCUCAGCGAGCUCAAGAGACUGAUACAGAACGUGCUGGACGGGGCAGACUCCACGAGCUCUCGGCGAAGCGACGACGACACCUUAGAGGAACAGAUCAGGAGAACCAGUGAGGAUUCACGAGCCCUGAGGGAAUUAAUGGAGGGAGAACGGGGGAAACUGAGGCAGAGUUUGGAGGAGCUGCAGCGACUGCACAGCCAGGUGACGCUGCUGAGUGUGGAGAUGACGACGCUGAAGGAGGAGCGGGACCGGCUGCGCGGCGCUGCCGAGGACAAGGAGGCGAGCGAACGGCUCCUGCAGGCCAUCAGGGACCGCGACGAGGCCAUCGCCAAGAAGAACGCGGUGGAGGUGGAGCUGACCAAGUGCAAGAUCGACAUGAUGUCCCUCAACAGCCAACUCCUGGAUGCCAUCCAGCAGAAGGUGAACCUCUCGCAGCAGCUGGAGGCCUGGCAGGUUGUCAAGACCUUCAAAGAUGAAUGCUGUCUUCCAGCUACAGGACCAAAGGCAAUGGUACCGCCAGCACAUCCUCAGAACUGGCUGUGAUGUGAUCCUUGGGGCUGUAUAAGCCACAUCAAGUUUUUGCAGCAAUUUUGUUAUCUGUGAACGAUCACUUACGGACUAAAAUUUCAGCAGAUCUCCAAAUAUACUCAGCCUUCAGUCACAGUUCUCUUGAGCUCUCAAAAAUUUCUGUCUUGUUGAGCGACUGUGUUCUGAUCACACCUUCCUACUCAACAGAUCGACUCCAUAUGUGCAUUCAAUACACUCUGCUACCUUUAGCCAUUAAAAUAAGCUUUAUUGCAGUUUAUUCCCAUUAGUCUUGGGCAACUGGCACCUUUAAAAGAUGAUGCACAAGUCUGAUAUGCAGGAAAAAUACCUGAAUUCAGGUUCCAACAAUAUCACCUGCAUGAAGCUACCAAAGACUGUGGGUGCACCAUGAAAAUCCUAAACAGAAAGCCAGCAAGCUCUGCCUUCUCAGUUUUCAGCCACAAUCACAAGGCUACCAACCACAUUCCCUAUGGCAAUUUAGGCAGCUGUGACCAAAAAAUAAAAAGUAAUUUCAACAGGUAACAGUUAACAGUGAGGUCUUCAUCAGGAUCCAUUUUUUGUAUUAUGUGUAGCUUUAUUCUUUUCCUUUCAUCCUCUUCUCUUUCUUCUGAGCAAUACUAAAAUUUUUAAUAAAACAAAUUCAAGAAACCAGCAUACAAAAUUAAGGAUUUUCCUUCAAAUUGUGGUAGCAUUCCUAGACCUUGCUGUCUUAUCACAAGCACUUCUUGCAGUACAUCCACUGCACUUCAGAGAUGUCCACUGAGACCAUUCUGCUCCUCUUUGAUUUUUCCGACUCAGCAAACACACCUUUGAACUUCAAAGCUUUGAAUCUAGCCCAAACACACCUUUGAGAAGAUCUCAAAGCUUCAGCUCACUUUGUUACUGAAGUGCUUAAGCAAGUCACUGUCUCUUCCCACCUCCAGCCUCAUCAUCCUUCUACAAGAGAAGCCUCCUGCCUUUAUGCACCAUCAGACAGACGUGCAGAGAGGCACAGAUCACCCCCAGAGUCACACACCUUCCUCUCCUGAUCCCCUGCAGUACAGCCCCUGGGUACCAGUGCUCUCCAGGAUGCUCUGCAACAGUAGAACAGUCUGCUCCUACUGGGCACUUGCAGAAGACACUCAAAUACUUCUCCCAUGCCAUGUUUUACCAGUGAUUUAUGCUGUGCAUUUGCUUCCCUUGGCAAGAACUAACUCAGGUAAGAAUUACUUAUUUCCAGCCCAUAAGAAAUCCUGCACUUUCAAAUGUUCUAGUCCAUUCACUCAGUUCUUUCAACAACUUCAAAACUUGCUACAGUACUGCAUUUGUGCUUUACUUGAUUACAACACAACUUUAUUCAUAACUUGGAUCCUUUGGAGGGAAAAGUACUUCAUGGCCUGAAUCCACAUGUUGCAAAAAUAACCCAUCCUCUCCUGAUGCUGGUUUUGAUGAAUCCUGUUUUGUGUGACAUCAUCAGAAAGGGAAAGAUCCCCAAUCCCACCAACACAGUGCAUUUCUCCACAGCUGAACAAUAAACCAAUUAUCUUCAAGCUUUCCCAUAUCAUCACCUAAUAAUCUUUUAGUUCAGCAGCCCCCGGGCUGACCUACCACAUCCCCCCCAGCACUGAGCAUUGCAUUUGCCAAGACAACACUCAGCCCUUGGAGAAGCGCAGUGGUUCAGCUGCACCUACGCAGAGCUGCUUCACUCUGCUGCGCACACCGAGCCCAGCCUGGCAUCCCUGUCAGCCCAGCCAGGGCCCAGCAGAGCAUCCUGCUGCUCCUACCUUGCCCACGCACCUACAUUUUCUUCUGAGCAAAGCAGAUGAUGUCAGGAGUGGAGAAGGGGCAGCCUGCACGCACGGAUCCCACUCCUGACACCCCGUCAGCGCUGCCUCCUGUUGCUCCUGGGAUGGGGGCUGUGGGCUGGACCCUGCAGCAGACACCACCACGGCACUGGGAACCCUGCAGGGGCUUGGAGCUCCUGCCACUGAUAUUGCCAACCACCUCAUCAGAAAUAGCUUCUUUUGUGCAAGACAGCAACCCCUGACUCCUGCUGAGUGCCUACCAGCAUACGCUGCUGCUAUUUUUGGAACGGAAAAUUGUCUGGCACAUCGUUCUAGAAAGGUUGCCAACCCCUCAUCUACACUAAAAUGUCAUUUUCUCUAUUGGCUGUCAUUACCAAGAGAGAUAAACCUGAGAGAUAAGACCAUGACUACCUGUUAUUCUCUAACUCUUAAGUCCCAUAGCACACAUUUUUUCUCAAAAAGCUGGUCAUGCUAUUUUCCAUCAGUUGUUAGAUGCUCUGCAUCCUAGAUAACAUUUAAGGCUUAACAAGUACAGAGAAGCUUCUCCAACCCCAAAUGCAGGACAGUAUUAGAAAACAAAAUCUGAUUUAUCCUAUCCCAUACUUCAACUUCCAGAAUGAUGCAGUGCAGAAUUGCUUUUAUAACAGGUUGUGGGCUUUGGCGAGUAGAGAACAGAUGGGGCUUUUGGCAUUCAGGGAGGAGUAGGUGUAAAUUUUGUGCUUUUGGCAACCAAGAGGUAGUUGAGACUUUGACACAAGGGAAAGAAUGUCUUAUCGCCUUCCCAUCCACAUUUUUGGGGAAAUGGAGAUCACAGAAAUGAAAGCAAAAGAGACCUGAAGUCCUCAAUCUGAGCCUCUCAGUCACAGACUGAUGCUGGCUGUCCUCUGUGUGGUGGGAGUGCUCUGCCAUGUACUCUGCAAACCCCCAAAGCCAGCAUCUGCUGGUGGAAACACCUUCGUGAAGUACAGAAAAAAAUGUUCUAGACCAGUUAUUCAUGUUAAGAGUAUCCAUGGAAGUAUCAUCCUGAGGUGAAAGACAACCAACCUCACCUGUGUACACCCCUGGAUGCUUGGCAGUAGCCAACAAUCUCCCACAUAGUUGGAAGUCCCUAGACCUAGAGGCUUUACAUUUAGCUUAGGUGUGGAAAAGGCUUAAGAAAGCCAACAUUUAAUUGAAAUAAACACCUUAUUGCUUCUUCUACCACUAGAAUUAAACUGGGGGUUACCCCAACUCAACAUGUCCUUCAGCCACCUGCAUCCCCUCCUCACAUCCCUGAACACGAGGGAACAUUUGCCACUCAUCGGGGCAUUCACUGCUGCAAGAAACCAGUGAGAAAGCUCUCAGAUUCCCUCUAGCAACUGCUUCCCAAUAUUAACAUCUGGAGUUAUAACAACCAGCUUCAUGGACCACAGCAGCAGAUAAGUCAAAUUUAAAAGAGACACUAUGUUGGGCCAGUAGGAUCCAUAUGUUGUUUUUUUUUCAGGAAAACAUUUAACUGCCAAAUGUGAAAGACAGGGCACUGGUUUAAUCCAGCUUCUUUGUUCAUAUUUCACUACUUUGUAGCACACAUUUCCUUCACUUUUUCAAUCAUCUAUAAUUCUAACCAUUUCCAGAGACUUCUAAUAAUCUGGUUUCAUACUCAUCUUUCUUUCAAGUUCUUGGAAGCAUCAUCUAUUGUCAGUCAGACCAGUCUUUUAACUACUAGUCUUUAAGUAAUAUCUGCUUUACUAGACACAGCAAUUCCAUCAUCUCAAAGAUCUUAUCCCUCUCUCAAACAUGCCAUUCCACAGGAAACCAUGGCAGAAGGUCCCUCUGCUAUCACUAUUCAUCCUGAGCUGGCAUCUGACAGCCAUUAUGUAAAGCUUGAAUCCUAAACCCACAGUCCUGAAUCAGGACAAAGUAGUCCUGUCUACAAGAGGAAAUCAAGUACAGGGACUGGCUGUUCGUGCAUUUUAAGUAUUCCUGCUAAUACAGCUGCAUCCUGGCAUGCUAAAUCCCUGGCGAAUUUAAAUCAAAUUUAAUUUGGAUGACAUUCCAUGGCAACCAAAUUCACACAGAUCAGCCUCUCCUCCCAGAAGGCACCAGCUAUCCUAGUAUUUCCACAUUUAACAGACAAUAAAACCAGCUGCCUUUAUAUUUCCUAGUCUGAAAUUUUCUUGAGCUUCUGUAGAAUACUCCAGACCAACUUGAUUUCUGUUCCUUAAGUUUUAUUCUGCUUUUCAGCUUUUGACUGUAGCUACAGUCACGUGAAAUCAAACUACUACAACCUUUUAAUGUUUCCCAAUUUUCCACUAUUAACUUCCUACCACCUCUACCAUUUUGCAGUUCUAAGUCCACACAGCAGCACUACCAAUCUAUUACUGUAAUUACCAGAUGGGCUCUAAUUUCAGACUUGCUUGCCAGGCUUGGCUCAACAUCAAUCUGAACUCUGCCUUUCACUGUAAAGGGACUCCCUGACCUACUGUAAUACUGAAGGAACACCUUUUAUAUUCUUAACUUCAGUGUAAACCUCAGUCUAGUCAAAGACUAGGCAGACUACUACACUCUAACAGGGCACUCACACUCCACCCAUGAUUUGAUAGCCAAGCCCUUUUAUAAGAACAAGCAAGGUUACUUGAUUUGUCAGUCAGUUUAGGAUAAAUAAAUCAGUUACAGUACUACUUUGCCAAUAAAUGAAAAAAAAAAAAAAAACCAAAACAAGCCAGCCAGAACCAUUUCUAAAAUUUAACUUUUGUUAUUGCCUGGUUUUAUAGGUGAUAUGAUUAGGAACACUACACAGACACAGCCAAUCAACAUAGCAAGAGGAGCCCACACCCCACUAUAAUCAGCAUUCCCAAAGCGUUUUCUUCGACACUUCAAAUGCACUUGGACACGUGAACUUCUUUGCACAGAACUGCAAAAAAUGCAGAUCUUUUUCCCUGACCAUGGAGUUACCAUUCAGUAACUACCAGAGUGCUAAGGCAGAAACCCCAAAACGUUAGAUGCCCCCCAAAGUAAAAUAUGCCUCACUUGGGGUAAAAAGCAAUGCAAAAGGAAGUAGCAGCAGAGUUCCAAGAGGUCACGGCACAAAUGCUUCCAACCAUUUCAGUUUAUCUAUUUGAAAUGCGAAUCAAGAAAAGAAUUUACAUAAAACACCGCGCAAGGUCCGAUCCGCAGCUAUUCCCGUUGACUGAGGACUCCUUUGCUGGUAUCCCUGCUCACUGCUGGAUACACCAUGGUUUCUAAGCUAGCUGGCAUCAGCCCCACGAGCCAACGCUGGCUCCCGAGCCCGAGUCGCGCCGGGGAAUCUGCAAACAGGAAGGCCAUUUGCUGACUCAGCAGUAAUCGGGGCCCUCUGACUCGCCUGUCACAGCUGACAGGGCUGCAGCGCUGCACGGCUGCCUCCCCCUCACCACUUCCUUCCCAAAACUGCCUGCAGCGCUCCAACAAGAAGUGAUGUCACACACAGGAACCCUACAAGAGGCAACCGAGUUUUUUUCAAGCUAAGCACUUAAGAAACAAUGGAAGUCACCCAGUAAUAUCCGUAUAGGAGUGCAGAGGAAAGGGGCGGCGCACACAUCAUCUUCAACUUUGCCAUUUCUAGACAUAACACAGACGUAACCAAACUCAUUAUUGUCAGGUCUGAGCAAAUUAAUCAAUUCAUCAGCUGAAAAUUAUCCUCCUCUCAAAUAAGAGCCAAAGGAGAAGAGAAUCAUGAAAGACCAAGUGAAACACAUGUAUCUUUCAAGAAUUAUUUUGGUUAAAACCCAAGGAACAAAAGUUCCAUUUCCAAGUGCACUUUUCCCCCUUCCCCCCGUGAGCAGUCCACUUUUACUGCAAUCAGUUUACAAACACAUUUUAUUCUUAGUUCCCACCACCGCAGCUCUAGGUGUGGUUUCUUCAGGAACAGGAAAAGCUCUGCACAUGCUGUUCAAAAGGACAAUGAGUUCGAAUCUGAAUUCCAACCAAGGAAAAGGUUAAUAUCAUGUGGGCGUCUGCUUCAGCAGAACUCCACAUAAAGAUAGCUCCUAAAGCAUUUGUCCUAAAGGAAAACCAGGAGAAAUCCUACUCUUCAAUCUUCAAGCUGUUCAUGAGUUAUAUGACACUGACAGAGAGUUUGCACUCUGUGCUUCUGCCAUGCAGUCAAUCAGAGGACAAACUUGCACAGGCACUGAGACAAGCUGUCUACUCCAUGCAGUCUAAUAACUCCAGUUCUACCAUUUGGAAACCAACAGCAGAGGACUAAGACAAAGCCACCACAGAAACACACAGAAGGGGGAGGAACUCUGAAAUGCCAGUUCCAAACCUUGCCAGAAUAUCACCACCACAGUCAGUUCUGACACAGCUGAGAGAAGUUUCACUGUACAGACCACACAGCUAUCAUUAGUUAAUCAACUGCAACACUUAAACAGUUAAACCCCAACUCUGGACUAUGAGAUCCAGAGCCAGAGCUGCACAGCACCAAGGCUGGCGUU